AUGCAAGAGACCGUUUGCGAGGACCUCAGACCGUAUACCCAACAAUCAACGACAUGCAUUGAUGAAGGAAACCCGCUGAUUCCCAAAGUCCUCACCUCACUGUCACAGCAAUGUCCCAUGAGAGAUAAAGCCUUGGAUGAAGCCAGUGACGAAAACAUCAGCCCAAGAAAGUUGAAGUGGAUUAUGGCAAGUGUGUGGAUAGGGACAUUCUGCGCGGGUCUCGAUGGAACACUCAUUGCCACGCUGGGAUCGUCAAUUGCCACAGAAUUUCAAUCCCUGUCCCUUCUCGCUUGGCUCGCAACCGCAUACCUCAUCGCGACGGCGGCCACUCAGCCUCUGUGUGGGAAAUUGACGGACAUCUAUUCGCGCCGGAACGGACUCUUGGUCUGCAACAUUUUCUUCGCUGCAGGCAACUUGACAUGCGGCCUUGCGCAGAGCCCUUCGAUCAUCAUCCUUGGACGAGCACUGGCUGGAUUGGGCGGCGGAGGCCUGAAUACCAUUUCGACCAUUAUCGCCAGCGAUUUAAUUCCACUUCGUAAGCGAGGAUUAUGGCAAGGCAUCAGCAAUGUAUGCUGGGGUCUUGGUAACGGUCUCGGAGGAGUCUUUGGUGGAUUCCUUAGUGACAUCUGGAAUUGGAAAGUUGCUUUUCUUAUCCAAAUACCACUAACGAUGGCUUCUCUGAUUAUGGUCUACAUCAACGUCGCAAAGCCGAAGCUCCGGGCAGAGAAGGCAUUAAUUCACCGUGUGGAUUUCCUCGGGUCUUCGUUGCUGGUGUCCACCCUUGUCCUGCUUCUGCUGGGCCUCAACUCUGGUGGUAAUAUCGUUCCAUGGACACACCCAUUGGUGCUUGUCUCCCUUCCACUGUCCGCCUGUCUAUUUGGCGCAUUCGUUAUCGUGGAGGAAAAGAUGGCACAUGAACCCGUUAUCCCUGUUCGUCUCGUACUCGAUCGAACAGUAGCUUGCGCAUGCUUGACAAACUUUUUCUUCAUCAUGAUCGCCUAUGCCCUGGAUUUCUACAUUGUCAUAUUCUUUCGUGUCCGCGGCCUCUCCAGCACCGCCGCUGGGGCUUCGCUCAUCCCUUUUAGUAUCAUGACAGCUGCAGGCUCGCUGCUGGCGGGAUACAUCACCAACAUGACAGGAAGGUACAAGCAGCUCAAUAUCGCAAUCUUGCUCCUCAUGCUGCUUGCUACCAUCUUGAUAGCAAUGUCCACACUGUCAACACCUGUCUGGACCACAAUAUUCUCCCUUGGCAUCGCCGGUCUUGCAAUAGGAGGCAUGCUCACGGUAACACUUCUUGCUGUCAUUACCGCGGUAGCCCAUGAAGAACAAGCCCUUGUGACCUCGCUCUCCUACGCUUUUCGCUCCACUGGGUCUGUCACUGGUGUUGCCAUAGCGUCAGCUGUUUUCCAAAACGUACUCAACCGUGAAUUACGGUUGAAGCUGGGGCGAAGGGAGAAUGCAGCGGAGUUGAUCGGGCGUAUCAGAGAUAGUUUAGAUGAGGUCAACUUUCUGCCGGUAGAGGAACAGCAAGUUGUGAGAGGGAGCUAUAUGCUCGCUUUGCAGGCAGUCUUUCUGGCGAUGGUAGGCUUGGCCAUCUUAGGCCUUGUCAGCGGGCUCUUGAUGCGAGAGCUUAAGCUUCACAAGAGAUUAAAUAGACAGGAUGAUGAGAUUGCUGAAUAG